AUGAAGCGUAUCUUCAAGCGCCCUACACCUUUGGCCACCAGUGGAUCUGGGUCAACGCAUGUCUCUGUCUUGCGAGAGGUCACGUCGAUCGACUCCGAAUUUCUCACCGAAGAAGAAGCGACUAUCACGAAUGUAAGACCUUCUUCUUACGGCUCACACGCAAGGAAUCCGUCGACGGUCAGCCUCGUCAAGCACAUUUGGACGAGGAAAGAGUUCACCGACGAGCAAUGUCUUCGCAACAGGAGAAGCAGAAGAAGCGAAGACGAACGCGGUCAAGAGCAGUCUGUCUUCGUCACCCCUUCUGACAUUCAAAAGACGGUUCGCAAAUGCCUCGCCUCUUCUUCCACCCUCACCGACAUCAGCCAGGAAAUCUUACGAAGCGACUGCUGGUUUGUACGAUGCGUCAAGAGCAUCGACAGCAACAAAGAAGAGCAAGAAGCAUACGAGGGAAACUUCAUCGCGUUUAGAAGCAGAGAAGCCCCCGAUCAGGCAACCAAGCGACAUACUACGUCCGCCUCUGCAAAAUCUGAAAAACUGAAUGGGACCGACGGGGACCUUCUUCAUCACAGUGGGGACGACGAGAUCAACUCCGCAAGCUCCUCACCUUUGCCGCGGGGAAAAAGAAAUGGUAUGGGAAGGUACUGGUCAACUGUUUCUCCCUCAAAUUCGAGCCUCGAAGAUGUGAAGGUGUCAAAGGAGAAAGCUGGAACAUUCGAAAUCGGCAGGGGAGAGGACUUAGAUGUGACUCGUCUUGAGGGCAGUUUUGCCGCUACCACGGGGGCCCAGGAGCCCUGCCUGGUAGGAAAACAGACUACGGUGGAACAGCAGGAGCCGACGCCCGCCAAGAUUAGGGAUUUAACUCUCAAUGGCUCCGACUCGUCAAAAACGUCGUAUUCGCUCCCUUGUGCCCUCGGUCCGAAUGAAAACAUGCCCAGACACCGGAGAGCACCUUGGACCGACGGAGAUGUUGCAGAAGGGCGACAAAGUAUGAAGCAGAGCAACGACGAUACUCUGAAGAUCACCACGACGAUGACGAGCACCGGAAGGGUCAUCAGAGCCGAAGGAUCCUACUUUCCGCCAAUCGAGAACAUUGGGAUGUUUCACGAUUCCACUCUUGGCAGUGACGAGAAGGUUGAGUUUUCCCAAUUCGGCGCCGAGAUGGAAAGCGACAGGGCGGCUUCCAUUGACGUUUUCGAUGGUGCGAGCUACUCAUACACUCCCAGUACGAGCAGCAGUGGUAAUGGCACCUUCACGUCUCCAGAUGGCCCAACACAACGCUCGGAAAACGUUGCUUCCAGCGUUCAAGAGGAAAGUGAAAAGAAGAUUAAUGGCCAUCUCGCGACCCAGAGCGAGAGGCUGCGCAAGCGUAUUGAUAGCAUCAAACGGAGUCGCAGAGCUAUGGCUCUGGCCCGACUGCACCAGCAAGUUCCGAUUGAGUCAAAAGACCAAGAGCUGGACUUGGAUUUGGCAUACUCGGGUUACCCCCGUCAUAGUCCGACUGUUGGAGCAUUUGGAAGUCAAGCCUUCCAAUAUCCCUCUGGCAAUCUCAAAGGCAGCAGGACCAGAAAACCCACGGACGUCUACUCAGAGCUCACCGAUAAGAUUGUCGGGCUCGUAAAGUCCGAAGCAUGUGCCGACAUCGCUGCUUCGGCCAUGUCGAAUUUUGAGUCACACAGGCGAGCCAACGGCAACAGGUCACGAAGCUGGGAGGCUCAAUUCGCCAGCCUUUCCCCUUCGACGAUGUUGAAAAAGUCUUUCGCCGCGAGCCUCACUUCGGCUGAUGAAAGACGCAAGCACAUUGGCGCUCUCUGUAUUCAUUGGAGCCUGUCCAAGGAGGAGAACCGAACGGCUUGCGAGCUAGUCUAUACUGUCUGGCAGAGGAACCCGACGCUCAUCGCUUCUGCGUGGUCACAUACGCUCAUCACUUCCAUUGCUGCAGACUGCGCAUCGUCUUCUUCGUCUGCAAUUUCUCUCAAGCGUUUUGCGACAAAUCUGCUGGCGCGUUGCCAGAAGGAGCUCGCUCACACGUUGCACUGGGCCGGCCUGGCCGAUCAGCCGUCGGCAGCACAUUCUUUCGUCACAGCCGGAUAUGGUCGACUGAAAGUAGCCAUCGAGGUCCUCGUCGAGAUUCAGAGGAAUUGUCUUGAUGUCGCAAAAAUGCUUAAAGGGUGGGAAGGCGCGGCGCACUUGACAUGCAGUGCCACGUUAGACGGCGCAGCUCCGAAAUUAAAGGAGCCGAAGCUAGCUUGGUUAGCCGUCUCCUUGCGGACCGUAGACGAUGAUGACGAGGAGUCUGAUUUCAUUGGCGAAGCCAAAAGGGCAGGCUGGCGGCUGGAGACUAGCUCGACGAACGACCAGGGCAAAAGCAGCAAUAUCAAAAGCAACGAAAAGAAGAUUGAUACUGAGGAAGAUUCGAUCGAUGCAAGCGUGAAAGACGAAAGCGACGAGAGUCAUCGGUUUCAUCGCAAGGCUCCUCCGCCGAUUACAGUGUAG